AUGGGAGAUGAGGAGGAAAAUAUUGCAAGAGGUGAGGAGGAACUAUUCAAGGUCAAAGAGCCUAAGAGGAAGAACCUUCUUGAAGAGCCUACACCAAUUCCUUUCCCAACAUUGGCUAAAAAGGCUGAGAAGCUUGAAGACCCUGACCCCAAUAUGGUGAAAAAUUUCAAGAAUGUAGAAGUUAUCGUCCCUCUUUUUCAAGCCAUCCAACAAGUUCCAAAGUACGCCAAAUUUCUCAAGGAUGUUUGCACACAUAAGGACAAGAUUGGUGAGCUAAACAAAAUUCCGGUAAAUGAUUCUAUUUCUUCUCUCAUUCCGAAAAAGUGUAAUGAUCCUGAUCUAUGUUUGGUAACUUGUGUGAUUGGUGGGAUGGAGUUCAUGGAUUGCAUGUGCGAUUUGGGAGCUUGUGUAAGCAUUAUGCCCCUCCCUAUCUAUGAGAAGUUGAACUUGUCACCAUUGAAGAGGUCCGGAGCAAGAUUUGUAUUGGCGGAUAAAAGCAUUGUGCUGGUUGUAGGCAUUGCGGAGAAUGUUUUGGUCAACAUCCAAGGGUUGCUAUUUCUGGUAGAUUUUCAUAUAUUGGAAACCCCUCCAAUUGAUUCGAACAAGCCAUCGUCUCUUCUCCUUAGGAGACCGUUUUUGAAAACAUCCCGAUUCAAGUUGGAUGCAUAUUCGGGAGCUUACUCAUUUGAGGCCGAUGGGAAAGUAGUGAAGUUCACUUUGGAUGGAUCCAAGAAGCUCAGUCUAGAAGUUUACUCUAUCUUUGGUUGUGACCUAAUUGAAGAUCAAGUGGUUGAGCCUAGCAAGGAGCAUGAAGAAGAAAAUAUUUUCAAGGAGCCUAAUUCAUUUUACCACACCCAAUCCAAGCAUGCCAAGGAGUUGGAGAUUUUCCUCAUUGGGGAGGUUCCACAUGAUCAAUGA